CCUUAGCCGGUCAGUGUCGCUGAUGUCGUUUGAAUGAUCGCAGGAGGAUGAAUUUUUCCGAGGUCUUCAAGCUUUCCAACCAGCUGUGCAGUUUCUCUCCCGAUGGGAAAUAUCUGGCGUCUUGUGUACAGUACAGGCUGGUGAUCCGCGACGUGAACACCUUGCAGAUCCUCCACCUGUAUACCUGUCUGGAUCAAAUUCAGCACGUGGAAUGGUCUGCAGACUCCAUGUUCAUCCUGUGUGCCAUGUACAAGAGAGGGAUCGUGCAGGUCUGGUCCUUGGAGCAGUCCGAGUGGCACUGCAAGAUUGACGAAGGGUCAGCGGGGCUGGUGUCUUCCUGCUGGAGCCCAGAUGGUCGUCACAUUCUCAACACAACGGAGUUUCAUCUGCGGAUAACUUUAUGGUCACUUAGCGCAAAAUCUGUCUCUUACAUCAAGUAUCCCAAAGCGUGCCAGCAAGGAAUCACUUUCACCAAGGACGGCCGGCACAUGGCUUUGGCAGAGAGACGCGACUGCACAGAUUACGUCAGCAUAUUUGUGUGUAAUGACUGGCGCCUACUAAGGCACUUUGAAACAGAGACUCAAGACCUCACCGGAAUCGAAUGGGCUCCCAAUGGAUGCGUCCUGGCCGUGUGGGACACGUGUCUGGAGUACAAGAUGUUGCUCUAUUCGUUGGACGGGCGAUUGCUCUCCAGUUACCGUGCGUACGAGUGGUCGCUUGGGAUUAAAUCGGUCGCGUGGAGCCCCAGCAGCCAAUUCCUUGCCGUCGGGAGCUUUGAUGAGAAGGUUCGAAUUCUCAACCAUGUUACAUGGAAGCCAAUCAAAGAACUUUCACACCCGGCUACAGUCAAUCACCCAAAGGCGGUUGUGUAUAAGGAGCUGGAGAGGUGCCCUGGCGUAGCAACGGAUGAACUUAUGUUUCCUCUUCCAAAAGGGAAACCCAGCAGCUUGUUUAGUGUCCGCAGCAAAUACGAGAUAGCGGACGUUCCUGUAACGUUACGGGUCAUCAAACCGGACACGGAUCGAGCGAAUCCGGAGCUUGGUGUUGGGAUGCUGGCGUUCAGUCCUGAUAAUCGUUACUUGGCAUCUAGAAAUGAUAACAUGCCAUGUUCUGUGUGGAUAUGGGACGUACAGAAAAUGAGAUUAUUCGCAGUUUUGGAACAGACUUUACCGGUUCGUUCUUUUCUCUGGGACCCCAUUCAGCCCAGACUUGCCGUCUGCACCGGAAAUAGCAAAGUGUACCUGUGGUCUCCAGCCGGUAGCGUGUCUGUACCGGUGCCCACGGAAGGAACUUUUAAUGUCCUUUCAAUGUCUUGGCAUCCAAUGGGAGAAGAUACUUUGCUCCUCAUGAGUAAAGACCAUCUGUGUUUGUGUUACUUGGAGACUGAAGAUGACGAUGAUGAGAAGUAACCGGAAUGAAGUGCUAGAAUAGCACAGAGGGGUCUAAGCCCCCCCCCCAGGUGAAAUUUUUAUUGGACUAUGCUGCUAAACUCUCAUUGUACAAAAGUGAUCUGCUCAGAGAUGUAUUUUUUUCAUUAUUCCAUGUUAUUAAAAUGUAAAUAUAGAUAUUUUUGUAGAUUUGUGAAUAAAUACUG